AUGGCAUUUGAUUCAAACGAAAACAAUAACAAUAAUAACAAUAAUAAUAAUAAUAAUAAUGUUCAACAACAACAACAACAACCACAACAACCACAACAAUCAAAUGAAUCCAUGUCCUAUCAAAACCAAGGAUAUCAAGUAGCACCACAAACCUACCAAUACCUUUCAUUGGGACCAAACCAAUACCCAACCUACACCAUCAAUGGUCAACAAUAUGUAGCUGUCCAACACCCAGGAUACUAUGUUCAACCAACUGCAACCACUCCCAUCAUUGCUCAAAGCACCUCAUGUAAAAAGAGACCAUACUUUAAUGCCGAAGACACCGUCGGUGCCCUCAUCGUAUUGGUCUGUGGUUUCUUCCUUCCAUGUGUUUGGCUCGCCGGUAUUUUCUUCUUCCGUUCCAAAAACUCAGCAGCACGUGCAAUUGGAAUUGUUUCAACUACAUUGUUCUUGGUACUUGCUAUUCUCGUUACUUCAAUGCUCAUCUAUAUUGUUCUUUUACCAGCCAACUAUUCCGAUUCAUCGGCAUCUUCAUCUGAUUCCUCAUCCUAUUCAGGUUCAUCCUAUUCAUCGGAUUCAUCAUCCUAUGGCACCUCUGGAUCUGGUUCAGGUUCAUCAUGGGCAUCUUCAUCUUAUUGGUAA